ACCGAACAUCAAAUAUAGAACAUCAUCAAAACGUACAACAACCAGUCAUUUGCACAAUCUUCGGACAAGUACAUAGAACAUCACAGGAUCGACAUACGUAAUCGGACCAAUCCUAAAAAUAUCCAAAGUACCUAAUCUGGCUACUUACGCACGCACUAGUUAGUAGAAUAAAUUACAAAUCUACCUCUUAGACCAGCACAGCACGAGUCCAGAUGAAUAGGGGCCAAUGUUGACCGAAACUUACUUCGUGUCCGUGGCUGGACAGCCGUUAUCUAACAACACGACCAUCUCAAAAGAUGCCGGGAUUUAUGAGCAUACACUCCACCCCAGCCAUUCGACGACAACUACCUUUAAGAAAAGCUCUGCUCCCCGUCAUUGUCUGGCCGUGAGCGAUACGCAUGUUUUUACAGCCCAGGAGGACAAGUCAACAGUACACGUCUACUCGAGGGCCAAGGGCAAUCAAGAGGCCUUGGUUACUUUUCCAGAGCGCAUCCGAAGCAUCGCGCUGCAAGACGAUGUGCUCUAUUUGGGUUCGCAAGAGGGCAGGCUUAUCAUAUGGGAGGUCUGCACCGGUAGACAAGUAACUACGUCUGCUUGCCAUGUUCAAGCAAUUACAUGUAUCGCUGUUACGCCCUACCACCUUCUCACCGGGUCCGAGGACUCGAACAUCAAUGUCUGGUUUGUUCCCCGCUUGCUGGAGCUGGACUCGACCAUCGAACACGAACCUCAGGAGACGCUGUCGAAUCACAGAGCCGCCAUCACGUCUCUUGCUAUCGGUUCAAGCGUAAAUCCGGAUACCAACAUCUGCGUCUCGGCAAGCAAGGACAAGUCUUGUGUCAUCUGGAAUUAUCAGCAUGGUGUCGCUCUACGGACAUUGCUAUUCCCGAGCUCGCCACUUUGCGUAUCCCUCGACCCGUGUGCACGAGCUAUCUAUGUUUCUUCCGAUGACGGCUCACUGUAUGCAAUUGACUUAUUUGCCGAUAAAGCUCUGCUAGGUCCUCAGAGUAUAGAAGACAGCUCUACGGCCGUUCAAGUUUCCUCGGCCUUUGGCGCUACGCCUCAGGAGGCGGGACCGGCAUCGUGCAUGGCGUUGAGCUACGAUGGUACGACUUUAGUAUCGGGCCACCCUCGAGGCCAGAUUCUACGCUGGGACUUAAGCAGUCGUGCCGACUCCACGGAGCUAACAAACCUCAACGCUUCUGUCACAAAUAUCGUCUUUGUCUCUCCACUUCCGACCUCGCGGCCUACCAAGCCAGUUGCUGUUGUGAAGCCAUUCCUGGGAAGCCGCAGUUAUAACUUUACCUCCCGGUUAGAUUCUGAUAUCUCAGAAGAUACGAAGUUCAGCAGGAUGCUUAAAUCUAACGGACUCCCGCAUGAUGUCUUAGAACAAGCCAUCCUCGCCUUCCAGGUACCAGCCGAGGAUACUGUUGGGGAUCAAGAACUGAGGAAGGAAAAUGAAGAGUUGUGGGAGGUCAUCAACGAGCAACGUGCCCUCCAGAAAAAGACCCUACAGCGAUAUAUCGAAGUUAAAUCUGCUGGUUCUUAAAAGGCUAGUUCUAAUGCUCCUUUUCGAAACGCUCCUAUUCGAUUUCAUCAGCAAGACUGGGCUACGACUCUGUGAACAUACCCACAUACCCUAUGGCCUGGACAGCAUAGCAA